AUGCAAAAGACCGAGUCCAAGUACUAUCUGCAGGCUCUGGAAGAGUACAACGAGCUCUGCAAAGAAGACGAGGAUGCUUGGGACUCCCGCAUAGACAAAACCGGCUGUUAUGUAGAAAACAUGGCUCUCCAGCUGUGUCACGCCGAGACCAACGACUGGCGUCAGUGUUUGGGCGAGAUGGCCCAGUUCCGCGAGUGCUGGCAAAACAAGGGCAACAGAGACCGUGUUUCAACCGUAGAUAGAAAGUGA